AUGGAAGGGCAUUUUGAUGAAGUUUAAGAUGAAUAUGAUGCUGAGACUUAAGGAUUCAAAAGAAUGUUUAAGUAUUAAAUAGAAUCAGAUCCUAUUGAAAUCAAUUAGACUGUAACCUAAGCAUGGAGAAGGGAACUUAAAGCAGGGGAUAUGAUUGAUGUCAGUUUAAAAUUACCAAGAUCUAGAAAUGACUAUGCUUGGGUCUAAGCGAAGAUCAUAUCGGUAUAUUCUGUUGAUUUUCUUCAGCUAGACUUUAUUUAUGAUAACUGGUAAAUAAAAAAAAUAAUUAACAAGUGGUCUAUCAAAAUUGAGUAGUUUGGAACAUAUACAAAAGAUUUGUAUGAAUAAAGAGAUAAGCUGAAAUAAAUGAUGCUAGUUGACGCACAUGAUUAAUAAACCUGGUAUAGAUCAAUCAUAUUUGAUAUAUAAGAGAGAAGUUAAGUAAAUAAUGAUAAUACUGUAAAAAUGGCAUUUAUUGGAUUUAGAGUAUACUGCUAUGAAGGUGAUAAAACUGAUAAAUUAGGAGUAUACAAAGGUUGGUCAUCAAGAUUUGAUGAAUGGAUUCCACUGUACUCUCAACGAAUUAGACCAUUUCUUUGA